CUGAUCUCGAACUUUUCUCUUCUUCUUCUUCUUCUAUUCACCACCUUUUACUCUCUUCUUCACAGACACGAUAGACCUUCCUGGUUGGUUCUGCUUUCGUGUCUUUUACCGCGAGAACCACUGUAGCAACUUCAUCACUGUGCUUGCUUUCUCUCGCUAUAAACUAUUCUACUCCUGCCUCCCCUCCUCUCAAACGACAUGUCUUUGACUAGAAACACCGCAGAGGACCCCUCCCAGACGGACUACUACGGCUCCGUUGAGCUCAGCCGGCCUGUGAGCGAUCUCAGCGACGUACGCAAGACCGCGACCGCGACUACCACCACCUCGUCCUCGUCGACCGAGAACAUCAUCGAGAUCGACCAGGCCAGCGAGACCGAGGACCCGAACAAGAAAGAGCGACUGCCGAUGUUUGCUUUCAUUUUGACCCGUCGGUUCUGGAUCAUCUUGAUUCUCGGACAGUUGCUGUCGCUGAGCAUCGUCGCGACAAACACGUUCACGACCUACCUGACUGACGACGCGGUCAACAUCCCCGCCUUCCAGACGCUGUUCAACUACGUGCUUCUCAACUUGUUCUUCACGCCGUACACGAUCUACCGCUACGGAUGGAGCAAGUACUGGCGCAUGGUCGUGUUCAACUCGUGGAAGUACUUUUUGCUGUCGUUCGCCGACGUGGAAGGAAACUACUUUGUCGUUAAGGCGUACCAGUACACCAACCUCCUCUCCGCCGAGCUGCUCGACAACUGGGCUAUCGCUGUCGUCGUCAUUCUCUCGUUCAUCUUCCUCAAGGUGCGGUACCACUGGUCUCAGGUCCUCGGCACGGCGGUGUGUAUCGCCGGCAUGGUGCUCGUGGUGGUCAGCGACCUGCUGACGGACAAGAACUACUCGUCGACCGACAUGGUCAAGGGCGACCUCUUCAUGCUCCUCGGCGCGACCUGCUACGGUGUCUCCAACACGCUCGAAGAGUUCCUGCUCUCCAAGCGCCCGAUCUACGAAGUUCUUUCGCAGAUGGGCAUGUACGGCAUGAUCAUCAACGGCGUCCAGGCCGCCAUCUUCGAGCGCGACUCGAUCCGUGACGCAAACUGGAGCUCAGGCAUGGCGGGCUGGUUCGUCGGAUACACGCUCUGCUUGCUGUUCCUGUACCUCACCGCGCCGAUCUUGUUCCGCAUGUCCUCCGCCGCGUUCUAUAACCUCUCGCUGCUGACGUCGGAUUUCUGGGGCUUGCUCAUCGGUCUGAAGGUCUUUGGAUACUACGUCUACUGGCUCUACCCGGUCGGCUUUGUGUUUACUGUCGCGGGUAUGAUCAUCUACAACAUGAUGAUCGGAAGCUGGAUGGGCGAGGCCGAGAAGCCGUGGUUGGGCGAGAACCAGCGCGGGGGUAUCGUCGGUGUCGGAACCGCGAAGAGAACCGAGGACGACGAGGACGAGGUCGACGAUGUCGAGCUUCAUCGCGCUGAGUCGGCGGUGUAGUUGCCUUUGUACCCUAAUAACCUGCUCAGGUACUUCUUCAAGUCAGGUAGUGCCUUAAUAAGGAGGAAGGGAGCAGGAGAGUUUAGCUAAGUAAU